GGAUGAAAUUGGUAGUAGUAAAUAUAUUAUAGAAGUGCAGAAAAGUUAAGAUCUACAUAAUAUAUGAAAUAUAUUAGAGUAUAUUUUUGGUGGCUAUGGCUCCUUAUGAGAGUAUUUUCCAACAUAGUGGCAGCCAUGCAUAAUAGUUUAAUCUAAUGUAUUUGUGUUACCUUGAACAAUUCCCAUUACCGUAACCUUCUGCCUUUUCUAACUAACACAAACUCACUGAGAUCCCAAGAUUUUCAGUCCUUUAAUCAAAUCAAGAAUGUCAAAUUUAGUUGAAUCUCUCCUCAAAGAAAGAAAGUAUCCAUUCAUUUUCACCUUCUCUGCCUUACUUAUUUGGUUCAUGAUCCUCCUCUACGCCAACACCACCACCUUCACAACCUCUGAUCCAAAGGCCUUCUACCCUGAUGUCAAAGUGCAGCAACCACUAGACCAACAUCAACAUGACCCUCCACCUCCACCUCCACUAAUCCAAGAUUCAAAAGAUCGUCAAGAACUGCCACCAAAGCGACACGAAGGACUGCUCCAUUGGGAAAAGGCAUUUGACGCGAAUAAUUUUUCUGUUGAUCUGAAUAUAAAGUGGAGGCUUUGUAAUGGUGUUAUCGCGGUAGAUUAUAUACCGUGUUUGGAUAAUAUGAAAGUCAUUAAGGCUCUAAGGACAAGGAGGCACAUGGAGCACAGGGAACGGCAUUGUCCCAAGUCUAUUUCUCGCUGUUUGUUACCUCUUCCCAAAGGGUAUAAAGUCCCGGUUGCAUGGCCUAAGAGUAGGGACAUGAUUUGGUAUAAUAAUGUACCUCAUCCAAAGCUUGUUGAAUACAAGAAGGAACAAAAUUGGGUGGUGAAGUCGGGUGAAUAUCUUGUAUUUCCGGGAGGUGGUACUCAAUUCAAAGAUGGAGUUAACCAUUAUAUUAAUUUCAUACAGAAGACACUACCAGCAAUCCAAUGGGGAAAGAAUAUCAGAGUUGUGCUUGAUGCUGGUUGUGGAGUUGCCAGCUUUGGCGGCUAUCUUCUCGACAAGAAUGUUAUUACCAUGUCAUUUGCACCAAAGGAUGAACAUGAAGCUCAGAUACAAUUCGCUUUGGAACGAGGCAUUCCAGCUACUCUUUCUGUCAUCGGAACACAAAAGUUGACGUUUCCCGAUAAUGGAUUCGAUUUGAUCCAUUGCGCACGUUGUAGGGUGCACUGGGAUGCCGAUGGUGGGAAGCCAUUAUUCGAACUCAAUAGGAUUCUUAGGCCUGGUGGUUUCUUUGCAUGGUCAGCUACACCAGUUUAUCGCGACGAUGAAAGAGAUCAGAAAGUAUGGAAUGCUAUGGUGAGAGUAACAAAAGAAAUGUGUUGGACUGUUGUGGCGAAGACUUUCGAUUCAUCUGGAAUCGGACUUGUUAUAUACCAGAAGCCGACCUCAUCUUCCUGCUACAAGAAACGCAAAAAGAACAAUCCUCCCAUAUGUAAAAGUAGCGAUAUAAAACAAAUUUCAUGGUAUACCAAAUUGAGUAGUUGCCUUAUUCCUCUUCCCGUGGAUGGUGCGGCGAGAUGGCCUGCGUCGUGGCCUAAUAGGCUUACAAGUUUACCUCCUAGCUUAUCUUCUGAAUCAGACGCCGGUGACAUGUUCGACAAGGAUACUAAACACUGGUCUAGAAUAGUUUCAGACAUUUAUAUGGAAGCUCCUAUAAAUUGGUCAAGUGUUCGAAACAUAAUGGACAUGAAUGCUGGUUAUGGAGGAUUCGCUGCAGCUCUUAUUGAUCUACCAAUUUGGGUGAUGAAUGUAGUGCCGGUCAAUACGCCGGAUACUCUUACUGUCAUAUUCGACAGAGGAUUAAUAGGAAUCUAUCAUGAUUGGUGUGAAUCCUUGAAUACGUAUCCUCGUACGUAUGAUCUUCUUCAUUCGAGCUUUUUCUUCAAAAACUUUGGUCAAAGAUGUGACAUUGUAGAUGUGGUUGGGGAGAUAGAUCGCAUAUUGAGACCAGAUGGAUAUGUUUUGGUACAGGAUUCAAUGGAAGCAAUUAGAAAAUUGGGUUCAGUAUUGCAUUCACUUCAUUGGUCUGUAACAUUGUAUCAAAAUCAGUUUCUUGUUGGUAGGAAGAGCUUUUGGCGUCCAAAGCCAUAGAAACUGAAUGAUGAACAGGAUUGAAUAUUGCUUGUCAUAUUCUUAGAUAAAAAGUUGUUGGGUUGCUCAU